CCACCCUGUCAGUGGCUCACUCGCACUCGCUCGCGAUAUUUCUCUCGCGCGGCAAAGAAAGCCAAGAGGAGAGGAGACGAGAGAUCGGGGCGAAGGCGAUGCUGCUGCGGAGCGCGUCGUCGCCGCUGCUCGGCCACGCCGCCUGCGCGUCGGCGGCGGAGCAUGUCGGGGCGGUGGUGGUGGUGGUGCCCGUGUCGCCGGCGGCGGCGAGGCAGCGGGGCCCGCCGCUGUGCCGCGCGACGUCCGAGGGGGACCUGAUGGCGGCGGUGAGUGCGCGGCCGCGGGCGCUGUCCGUGGCCUCGUCGGCGUCCAUCUCCGUCGAGGAGGAGGUUGAAGAAGAGGAGGAGGAGGAGGAGGAUGUGCUCGGGGCGGCCGUGCCGCUGCGGCGGCUGCUGACGAGCACCGGGCUGGACGCGGACACGGGGAGGGGGAGGGAGGGCGACGCGGCGGUCGUCGAGGAGGGCGUCGGGGGAGGAGGCGGCGGGAGGAAGGUGUGCAACGGCGGCGGCGGCGGCAGCGGGGGGAAGGGCGACGGCGGCCGCCGCGACGCCGACGCGCACUACCGGCGUAUGAUCCAGGCCGACCCGGCGAACCCGCUGCUGCUCGGCAACUACGCGAGGUUCCUCAAGGAGGUGGAGGGCGACGCGGCGAGGGCGCAGGAGUACUGCGAGCGCGCCAUCGUCGCCAACCCCGGCGACGGCGACGCCCUCGCGCUCUACGCGGGCCUCGUCUGGGAGACCACCCGCGACGCCGACCGCGCCGACGCCUACUUCACCCGCGCCGUCCACGCCGCCCCCGACGACUGCUACGUCCUCGGCUCCUACGCCGGCUUCCUCUGGGACGCCGAGGAAGACGAUGACGACCACGGCGGCGAGCAGCCGCCGCCGCCGUUCAUGGGGGCAGCUCAGCCUCCUUCCAUCACAGCGGCGUCUUGAGUGAACAGAUGCUCUUGAUCUCUCGCCGCCUGUAAAGAAGACGAAGCAACGAACACCCGAGGAGGAAUCACGGCGGCCUCUCUCCGGCGAGGCACCGGCCGUCGUCGACGUCGCCGGCUCGCCGGCCCGGCGACCCUCGCCGUGGCUCGCAGCUGAAUCCGGCCACCUGUAAAAAUGAAUCUGGAGAAGAGCACCACGCAGCUAAGGUGUAGUCGAUCUUGUAAAAUGAGCCUGCAAAGCCUACAUGAUGAUCUUGUUUACUUCUUGUACAUGUGUAUCACUGUAUCAGCAACGCUUGUGAAAUAAAUAAGCCACAGCCAAGUAUGUUCUAGCUA